AUGUCGAAAAAGAAGAAAGAAGAGAAAAAAUGGCGUCGUCAUCGUUCAUCGUCGACCGAUGAUCAUUGUAAUUCAAAUAUGCAACAUAUAUCUCCAACACCUCCAUCAUUAAUUGAAAAUUGUCAAAUAUUACCAAUGUCUACAACAACAAUAUCUGAUGUUUCAAAAUCUAAUGAUACUCAAUAUUCAUCACUUUUAUUAAAAAAGAAAUUAGCUAUGUUUGAUAAUGCAUCUAAAAAUACAACUACAGAAGUUAAUAUUUCCAAUGAUACUAUCAUUACUCCCGUUUCUUUAAUCAAACCAUCAAGUACAACUUUAUCAAUCAAUGAGAAUGAACCUGUGAAAAGUGCCAGUCGACGCCGUAAACCACUUCGUCCUUGGUCAUUGUCUGCACGUGGUGAAAGACCAAAUUCGAACAAUGGUAUCAAUCCUUUGAUUGAACCCAUUAGUGAUAAUGAUGAUGACAAUAAUCAAAUGGAAAUGAAAUAUUCACCUGUGAAUAAUGAAACAACAAAUAGUAAUCUUGAAGAAGAUGAUGAUGAACGAGAUAUUGAAUGGCCAAAAUAUUUAUCAACAAUCGAAGAAAUUCUUAAAUUAUAUCGUGUUGAAACAAAUGGAAUUGUACAAUGUGUUCGAUGUGGUACAAGUGCUAAUCAAGAUAAUUUACUUGAACAUGUAUCUAUUCAUUAUCCAUAUAAAUGUUAUUCAUGCGGAUUCUAUUGUGAUUCGUCAUCAGGUCUUGACGAACAUAAUCGAACACAUUCACCAAAUACUAAUAUAAAAUCAAUAUCUGAACAACUACCUGUACCAACUAUACCUAUAUCAACUUCAAUAAAAUCAUCUGAAUCAUUAAAUGGUAAUACUACUACUACUACUACCAAUAGUAACAGUGAAAAAUCAACUCCACCAAGUAAAGCAAAAGUUCAUCGAUGUAGACAAUGUUCAUUUGUAUCAAGUGUUAAAGAAGAUUAUUGGGCACAUCAUCGAGUACAUAUACGAGCUGAUAAAAUACUUGAAUGUCCAAGUUGUCCAUUUGUUACUGAAUAUAAACAUCAUCUUGAAUAUCAUUUACGUAAUCAUCUUGGUUCUAAACCAUUUAAAUGUUCAAAAUGUGAUUAUGCAUGUGUUAAUUUAUCAAUGUUACGUUCACAUAAAAAAUCACAUUAUCGCCAUCUUUUAUUUAAAUGUUCAAAUUGUUCAUUUGAAUCAAAACAGUAUCAAGCAUUACAAGAACAUUUACAAAUUGAAGGACAUGAACCUUAUGUUGAUGAAAAUAUUGAAGAAUUUCUUAAAGAAUAUUCAAAUGGAAAUAUAAAUAAUACAACAAAUAAUAAUCCUACAAGUAACUCACCACCACCACCAUCAGUGCCACCAUCAUCAUCAUCAUCAACAACAACAAUAACAGGAUCAACACCAAAAACUAAUACUCGUUCGUCAGCAUCAAAAAAACGUAAAACAGCUCCAACACCAACUACACCUGUUAUUGUUAAACGUACUUCAUCAACAUCAUCCAUGAGUUCAUCAGCUGCAGCUAUGUCACCUAUAUCUAAUGAUGAACGUCAAAUAGAUUCAAUGAAUCAACAAACAACAACAGCAACAACAACAUCAUCUACAACUUCAUCCUUACCACUUGUUUGUAGUUUAUGUGAUUAUGUUGCUGCAUCAAAAGAAGGACUUGGUGUACAUUUAUUUCAACAUGCUUGUAAAAAAAGUGAUCUACUUAAUCGAUCACUUUUAGCUAGUGCAACUGUAGAUUCAACAACAAAAUUAAUGGAAUUAUUUAAUGGAAAAAUGGGACCAUUCAGUAAUGGACAGUUAAAUGACUUUAUCGCUCCAUAUCAACAAUUUCUUACUCAGCAAAUCCAAUCUCAUUUAUCAUCUGCUAGUUCAUUAUCAUCAAUGCCAACUAGUGUCCAUUCAUAUCAUCUCGAUAAUAAUAAUAACCAUGCACCACCACCACCACCACCACCACCAUCUUUACUUAAUGGUGGCUAUUCAUUAUUGUCAUCAUGUAUUAAGAAUGAAUCGAAUGAAAAUCAUCUUCCAUCAUCAAAACUUGAUACAAAUAUAAAACGACAACGAAAAGGACAAGCACCAUUUAAAUAUUCAACUGAUACUAGUAAUGAUGAACAUUCAAAUGAAUUAAUUAAUCGUCAUGAUCAACAAACACAAGUUGAUGAAUGUCAAAUAAAACGUUUAUUUGAAUGUUUUCAUUGUGAAAUUAUAUUCAAAGAUUUUGCAAUGUAUUGUACACAUAAACAAUUACAUUAUUCUCCUGAUAAUCCAUUUCGUUGUGCACAGUGUGGAGAACAAAAAGCUAAUAAAUAUGAUUUUUUUGUACAUGUUGCACAACAAGCUCAUGAAUUAACCUGA